CUGCAGUGCUUCAGAUUUCAGUGUCUCGCGAAGCUCGCUGGGGCGCGGACGGGUGAGUGAAGUGGCAUGAUGAUGUGAAACAGCAGACAUGUGUGCCUCCGUCUACUCCUCCCUGCUCCUUUUUUUUCUCACCACCACCCUCACCAUCUCCAUAAUGUGUGGACCGAAGAUGGCAACCGUAGGCCUGCCCUUGGGAAGGUGGGAGCGCGGUGCCGACCAUGACAUACUCGCGGGAGCCGACUUUCUGUCGAUCCUCAUCGAGUCAUCCCUUCGGAGAGCUUACAGCGAAACCACUACUACAUCGACAUCCCUCCUAGAUUUAGAAGACGAUAGGAUCCGAGAUACCUCCAUCAGUUACGUCCGUACACCUAGAGAAACGUCGCCAUUUGCUCAAACCAGCACGGAGUUCUACGACACAACAGUAGUUAGUGAUAGUGACACUAGUAGUAGCGUAAAAGACGUUGUAGUAGUAGCAGUUCGCGUUUCGUCCUCAGUCGGUAGAACAGUAAACAAAGACUUAAGUAAACCUAAUCGAGAAAUAAUAAAAUAUACAAGUACUUUAAGUGAAACCCUUACGGAACCACCAACGACUGAACAGUUUGAUCAAAAUUUCGUUGCGUCAGAAGACCACCCUAGCAUAGUCGCGAAAGCAAGUAAAAGUGAAUUAAGUGUAGAAGAAAGCGAGCCGAUUACGAGAGAUAGUCACUUAGAUUUCAGUCAAGGUUAUCCGGCCAGGGUACGUCAGUUACCCGGACCAGCCUUCAACGCUGGUUCAAGUUUUUCAAACCCAGAUGGAAACCAAAAACCUAUUCAUUCAACGCUAAUCUUCCAUGAUAGUCCACAAGAUUCCGGACGUAGUAGAUCGGUCUCUUAUAGCACCGUGAUACAGCAUCCUCGCCUUGAAACGGAAAUGGAACAGAAUCCCCAACAGCAUGAAAGACACGAAAGAAACUACAAUGGUGCCCAAAGCAUCUUCGUUAACAACUAUGACCUAAACAGCGACGAGAAAAGAAAAUUAAACGACACUAAAUUGCUUACUCUAUCUGCAUCAGGACAAAAUGAAAUGAUAACUAGCACACCCUUCAGUAGCACUGCUAAGAAUUGGGAAAAAAAUGAAGAAAGUUACAGAGAACCAGCUACCACUGAGCGAAAUUGGGAAAUGCAGGAGAAGCCUUAUUCUCCUCCCCCAGUAACUCCCCGCCAAAUGCCAAAAGUCUACGGACAACCAGAGCAAAAUUAUGAGGUGGAUGAAUCUGUAAGUGUAGUUACCAAUGGCAGAGCGCAUGGCGUACAGCCCAGUUUACCACCAGAUAAAAUCGAGCAGAGAAAUAACUCUAGCAAAAAAGACGACAAUCAAAAAGUCGGCUACGUCGUGGAAGGUAGAAAUUACCGGAAAUACAGAGUGGAAGAACGCACUGCAGACGGAUUUAUUGUUGGAGAAUAUGGCGUUGUAAGUCAUGACGAUGGUUCUCUGCGAGGCGUUCGAUACACUGCCGAUGGAACAAUUAAUCCGCGAUUAAUCUAUGAUGCCUUGAUGAAGUUUUUGUCUUUGUGAUUUAAAAUGGUGCUCACGCCAUCGUACUGAUUCGAUUCUAGUUCCUUUGUUAAUAAUUAGGUUUUCUGUAACCACGGGGAAAUUUUAGUUGUUUUAGUGCAAUUCAUGUUUGCCAUGUUUACAUUUGAUGCAAAUUUUCUCUGUGUUUCCAAAAAACCGCCCGUUAAGAGCUCAGUCUUAUUUAAUACGUUAGUUAAACUAGGCUAGAGUGAAGUGAACAUAUAAAGUCUAGAUAUUUAAAUUAAUCGUGCUAAUUAUUAUUAAUAAGAAUUAAGAGACCAUUAGCUUGAUAUUGACAAUUGCUCAUGUAAAAGCCAUUAUACAUUUUUAAGUAUAUUGUGUAAGAUACUUGCCUCCAAAAAAUAACGGUUUUAAAUAUAAUUAAGGCAAGUUAUAUUUCAUUUGUGGCAAUAUAAUUUACACUUGAACUUGUACAGUGGCAUUUAGUAUACAGACAGUUAAUAC